CUUGUUCCUCUCUUAUUCAAUCAUUGUUCCAUUUUUGGAAAUCAUUCUAAUUCAACACUCAUCGCCUUCAAUCUCUCUCUCUCUCACCUCCUGCAACAAAUUGCAUUCUCCAUUUGUUCUUCCUUUGUUUCAAUUCAAUCUCUCUUACGCAGCUCCAGCCCAAGCUUCCCCUCUUUCGCAUUUCCAAAAUCUCCAAGCAAUUGGUCAUGAUGGGUCUCUAGCAACGGACUUGGAAUUGAAGAGCUUCGGUUGAGUAGAUGAUUGGUUGUGGGGGACUGUGCAGAGUUCUUAUGAGGAGUUCUGGAACUACUGAAUUGAAUACUUUCUACCCCAUUCGACCAGAAUGCCAAGCUGACGCUCCAACCACUCGAUUUAAACCAAGGUCUGGCAAAACUCUAAGUGCAAGAAGAUGGCAAGCUUCAUUUUCUGAAGAUGGUCGCUUGGACAUUGCAAAAGUUCUUAGACGAAUCCAGCGGGGGGGUGUCCACCCUUCAAUCAAAGGGGAAGUAUGGGAGUUCUUGCUCGGUUGCUAUGAUCCUAACAGCACAGAUGAAGAACGUAAUGCUCUCAAGCAGCGUAGGAGGGGGCAAUAUGAUAUGUGGAAAGCUGAAUGUCAAAAGUUUGUCCCAGUCAUAGGUAGUGGAAAAUUUAUCACCACACCCCUCACUAAUGAAGAUGGUCAGCCAAUAAAUAAUUCUUUGGUAGGUGUCCGGUCUUCAGAUAAGAAAGUUGUACAGUGGAUGCAGUUAUUACAUCAAAUUGGGUUGGAUGUUGUUCGAACAGAUCGAACACUUGUCUUUUAUGAAAGUGAAGCUAAUCAAGCAAAACUUUGGGAUCUUCUUGCAGUUUAUGCUUAUUUGGACAAUGAUAUUGGUUACGUGCAAGGAAUGAAUGAUAUUUGCUCACCUUUGGUUAUGCUUAUUGAGAAUGAAGCAGACUGCUAUUGGUGCUUUGAGCGUGCGAUGCGAAGGCUGAGAGAGAACUUCAAGUGCGAUGCCAGUUCAAUGGGGGUGCAAUCUCAGUUGGGUACACUCUCACAGAUAAUGAAAACAGUUGAUCCCAAACUUCACCAUCAUCUUGAGGAUUUAGAUGGUGGAGAAUAUCUCUUUGCAUUUCGCAUGCUGAUGGUUCUUUUCCGAAGAGAGUUUUCUUUCGCUGAUACAUUAUAUCUUUGGGAGUUGAUGUGGGCAAUGGAAUACAACCCAAACCUCUUUGCAAGAUACGAGGAUCCAGAUCAUGCCAAAUCAAAAGGCCCUUCAUCUGCACUAAAUGACAAGGUUUUGAAGCAAUAUGGAAAAUUCGAGAGAAAAAACUUGAAGACUGGACAGACAGAGGAAACUGGUGCACUGGCUGUUUUUCUUGUUGCAAGUGUUCUUGAGAUCAAGAAUAGGCGGAUUUUAAGCGAGGCAAAGGGUGUGGACGAUGUUGUCCAGAUCUUGGGUGACAUAACCUCAAAUAUUGAUGCUAAGAAAGUGCUUACUGAAGCAUUGAAAAUUCAGAAAAAAUACCUGAGCAAGACCAAGAAGGCAUGAGGAGGCAACAUUCUGAUUUUUUGUUAGCAGCUGAGGUUAUCUUCCAAGGUUUCACUUGCUCCUGAUAAGCCAUUGUUUUCUUUGUUUCACUUUUUUUUUCUUUUUCUCAUAGUGAUGUCAAGCAUGUUCUCAGCUCUGCUCUUCUUGAUUCUUUCUUUGAAAUAUUCUUCAAUUCUAUAUCAAUGCCAUGAGAUUUGAUGAACCAGAAAACGUCACCUUGAGAUAAGAGCAUCUACUCAUUUGUUGGGAUUCAUCAAUCUUAUUAGCUUAUAUACUGUAAAUUACUUUCAUAUAUUGAAUAUAGAUAGAAAAUGACACAUUUUUGUUAUCAAA